GGCGACCAGAUGGAGCUAGAAGAGAACGGGGCCGUGGGGGCGGCUGAUUCGGGCCCGAUGGAGGAGGAGGAGGCGGGCGGCUCCUCGGAGGACGAAAACGGAGACGACCAGGGCUUCCAGGAAGGGGAAGACGAGCUCGGGGACGAGGAGGAGGAAGCAGGCGCGGGAGACGAGAACGGACACGGGGAGCAGCAGUGUCAACCGCCGACUACGCCGCAGCAGCAGCAGCCUCAGCAGCAGCGCGGGGCGGCCAAGGAGGCCGCAGGGAAGAGCGGCGGCCCCACCUCACUGUUUGCCGUGACGGUGGCGCCUCCCUCGGCAGCCAGGCAGGCCCAGCAGCAGGCGGGAGGCAAGAAGAAGGCAGAAGGCGGCGGAGGCGGCGGCCGCCCCGGGGCUCCGGCGGCGGGAGAUGGCAAAACAGAACAGAAGGGUGGAGACAAAAAGAGAGGUGUUAAAAGACCUCGUGAAGAUCAUGGCCGGGGCUAUUUUGAGUACACUGAAGAAAACAAGUACAGCAGAGCUAAAUCUCCUCAGCCACCGGUUGAAGAGGAAGAUGAACACUUUGAUGACACAGUGGUUUGUCUUGAUACUUAUAAUUGUGAUCUGCAUUUUAAAAUCUCAAGAGACCGUCUCAGUGCUUCUUCACUUACUAUGAAAAGUUUUGCUUUUCUUUGGGCUGGAGGAAGAGCUUCUUAUGGAGUUUCAAAAGGCAAAGUUUGCUUUGAGAUGAAGGUAACAGAGAAGAUCCCAGUGAGGCAUUUAUAUACAAAAGAUAUUGAUAUACAUGAAGUCCGCAUUGGCUGGUCACUUACAACCAGUGGAAUGUUACUUGGUGAAGAAGAAUUUUCUUACGGGUAUUCUCUAAAAGGAAUAAAAACUUGCAACUGCGAGACUGAAGACUAUGGGGACAAGUUUGAUGAAAAUGAUGUGAUUUCAUGUUUUGCUAAUUUUGAAGGUGAAGAAAUGGAGCUUUCCUAUGCAAAGAACGGACAAGAUCUUGGUGUUGCUUUCAAAAUUAACAAGGAGGUUCUUGCUGGACGACCUCUUUUCCCUCAUGUUCUCUGCUAUAACUGUGCAGUUGAGUUUAAUUUUGGUCAGAAGGAAGAGCCAUAUUUCCCAAUACCUGAAGAAUAUACUUUUAUCCAGAAUGUCUCCUUAGAUGAUCGUGUUAGAGGGCCAAAAGGACCAGAUGAGAAGAAAGAUUGUGAAGUUGUGAUGAUGAUUGGCUUGCCAGGAGCUGGAAAAACCACUUGGGUUACUAAGCAUGCAGCAGAAAAUCCUGGUAAAUACAACAUUCUUGGAACAAACACUAUUAUGGAUAAAAUGAUGGUGGCGGGCUUUAAGAGACGGAUGGCUGAUACUGGAAAAUUGAACACACUGUUGCAGAGAGCCCCGCAGUGUCUUGGAAAAUUCAUUGAAAUAGCCGCUCGUAAGAAGCGGAACUUUAUUCUGGAUCAGACAAAUGUGUCUGCAGCUGCCCAGAGGAGAAAAAUGUGCCUGUUUUCAGGCUUUCAGCGCAAAGCUGUAGUAGUUUGCCCAAAAGAUGAAGACUACAAGCAAAGAACACAAAAGAAGGCAGAGGUGGAGGGGAAGGAUCUCCCAGAACAUGCAGUUCUCAAAAUGAAAGGGAACUUUACACUGCCAGAGGUAGCCGAGUGUUUUGAUGAGAUAACCUAUGUAGAGCUGCAGAAAGAAGAAGCCCAAAAGCUUUUGGAGCAGUAUAAGGAAGAAAGUAAAAAAUCUCUUCCUCCAGAAAAGAAACAGAAUACUGGCUCUAAGAAGAGCAAUAAGAAUAAGAGUGGCAAAAACCAGUUUAAUAGAGGAGGUGGUCAUAGAGGUCGUGGAGGAUUUAACAUGCGUGGUGGAAACUUCAGAGGAGGUGCUCCUGGAAAUCGUGGUGGUUAUAACAGGAGGGGAAAUAUGCCACAGCGUGGUGGUGGAGGAGGAGGAAGUGGAGGAAUUGGUUAUCCAUACCCUCGUGGCCGUCCCAGCAGAGGUGGUUAUUCAAACAGAGGCAGCUACAACAGAGGUGGAAUGCCCAACAGGGGGAACUACAACCAGAACUUCAGAGGCCGAGGAAACAAUCGUGGCUAUAAAAAUCAAUCUCAGGGCUACAACCAGUGGCAGCAGGGUCAAUUCUGGGGUCAGAAGCCAUGGAGUCAGCAUUAUCACCAAGGAUAUUAUUGAAUACCCAAAUAAAAACGAACUGAUACAUAUUUCUCCAAAA